AUGAAAUUGAAACAAUUUUUCAUCGUUGCAGUCAAACCAAUUAGAAUAAACAAAACUUUGGAACGUAUAGGAAGAUUGCCUUCAAAAUUUUUAUUGUCACCAGUCUUAAAGGAGCAGAAAGAUAUCAAUCCUUAAGAAUUGAAAGAUUAAACUGGUUUGGAUUUUCAAUAUCAGUAUCAACCAAACAAAAUUGGGAGAUAAAAAGAUUACUUUUUGAAUUAAGACCAAUACAAGGAAUUUGCAUAUAAAAAUCCACAUGGCAAAGUCCAUAUUUUUAAUUACUAAAAUGUGAACUUUACAUUGGCUGGAUCAUAAUGGGAGCAUGUUCCAAUAAAAAAUCUAUACAAGCUAUUGCUAUUUUCCAGGCCUUCAUUGAUUAUGCUUUAAAUGAAACCUGAUCAAAUACUUAAAGGCUUUGAUUAUAAAUUUAAAUCAUCAAAGGAUUAUAUAAAUUAGAUUGUCAGAGAACCUGAUGAGGUUAUGCCUGUAGGAUAUCAUGAAAAAAUAGCAGAAGCCUUAUAAUAUGAGAAAUUAGACUUUUUAGAUUAUGAACCAUACAUAAAUAAGGAAAGAAUCGAUUAUGAUAAAAUAGCCACCAUCUCAUAUUAUGCCAAAAAGUUUAAUGCAAAAAUCAUGUUAGCUGAUAUUCCAGCACUCAUCUUUAGGGAAACCCUCUGCAACUAAUUAACACUUCCUUAAUUGUAAUAAUAUUUUAAAAUCGCAUGUCUUGCAACACCUUAAAAUCCAGACAUCUAUCCAAACACUCCUAUGAAUGUUGCAUAUUAAAUAUUACCACAUAUAUUCCUAAAAAGAUCGGAUGAAUUCAUGACUACUUUAAUUGAGUAUUUGGCAGCAAAGAAAUAAUACAAAAGAAUUUUCGGUAUAUUAGGCAACAUGCAAUCUGACGCUAUUGUAAAUUUAUUAGACAAUAAGUCUGCGUCUCAUUUAAAAUAUGAAUUGGAAAUUCCUAAGAUUAAAAAAACACUUUUCAAAGACUUAACUUGCGAAGAUUUAGUAGAAAGACAUGCUAUAUUAGAUGUGAUGUUUUAUGGUGACAUAGAAGAAGAAAUUGAUCCUGAAUAAUAAGAUUACUUUUUCCCAGAAACUAUGGCUAUUAUUGACAAAUAUGCAGAUCCAUAAUUCAUUGAUAAAACUAGACCAGCAUAAAUGAGAUAUUUACAUCUAGAAAUGCUCAAGAAAUACUCAAUAUUCCAACAAAAAUAUUUUAAAAUGGGAAAAUCAAAAUUAAAAGAAGAAUAUAUGGAAAAAGCCAAUUUAGUUUGA